CGUGGGAUCAGCUACUUCGCGCACAAAAUUAAACAUGACAGUUUCUAAAGCUUCUCACUUCACUUAUAAGUAGAAAGCGGCAUCGGCAACGACAGUUGUUGGCAGGGACUUCUUCUCUUCUCUGUUUUCCCUCUUCCCUAUCUCCUUUCUUCUCCUUAUUGAAACGACAACGACGAACUGACUAGGAACAAUGUUGGGGUAUGCUUUUGUCGCAUCAUUUUCAUUUGAAGGCCAAAAUCAAUUCGUCAUACUGUUUUAGCAAUUAGCAUGAGUGGAAUUUGCCCGCCCGAGGUGUAAAUUUAUGUGCAAAUCCCCAUUACUUAUGGCAAAAAUGGUUGCCAAAUCGUUUGCUUUAAAGCGAUCAAUAUCAACCUGUCCUCAUCUCUCUGAGAGACUUAAUCAAACAGAAAAUGAGAUAGUUAAAAUGUUUCGGUUUCCCCGUGCUUCUGGAGAAGUGCAAAACUUUCCCAUGAGUAGGAAUAUGUCAAGGAAGGACCCUUCAGUUAGGAUGUUGGAUGAGAGGUUCACAAAGAUUUUGAAAAUUUUCAAAUGGGGACCUGAUGCAGAAAAGGCCCUGGAAGUGCUGAAGUUGAGAGUGGAUCAUCGAUUGGUUCUCGCGGUUCUCAAGAUUGAUGUUGAAGUCAAUGUUAAGAUUCAGUUUUUCAAGUGGGCUGGGAAGAGAAGGAAUUUCGAACACGAUUCAACCACAUACAUGGCGCUGAUCCGUUGCUUGGAUGAGGCUGGUGUUGUUGGUGAAAUGUGGAAAACCAUCCAAGAAAUGAUUCGGAGUACGUGUGUUAUUGAGCCAGCUGAAUUAUCUGAAAUCAUAAGAAUCUUAGGCAGGGCUAAGAUGGUAAACAAGGCACUAUCUGUCUUCUACCAGAUCAAAGGCCACAAGUGCAAACCAACAGCAAACACUUACAACUCCAUGAUCUUAAUGCUGAUGCAAGAAGGUCAUCAUGACAAGGUCCAUGAGCUCUAUAAUGAGAUGUGUAAUGAGGUUAACUGUCUCCCAGACACAGUUACAUACAGUGCACUAAUAUCGGCAUUUGGGAAAUUGGGUCGUGAUGAUUCUGCCAUUAGGUUGUUUGAUGAAAUGAAGGAUAAUGGUUUGCAUCCAACUGCAAAGAUUUAUACUACCCUGUUGGCAAUCUUUUUCAAGUUGGGAAAAGUUGAGAAAGCUUUAAGCCUGGCCCAGGAGAUGAGAGAGAAGGGGUGUCCGCCUACUGUGUUUACCUACACUGAAUUGAUAAAGGGGCUUGGCAAAGCUGGUAGGGUUGAAGAUGCUUGUGUUAUAUACAAAAACCUUCUGAGGGAGGGUUGUAAUCCUGAUGUCGUGCUCAUUAACAAUUUGAUAAACAUUUUGGGAAAGGAAGGUCGUAUAGAAGAUGCUAUUAAGCUUUUCAACGAGAUGGUUUCUUUGCGUUGCACACCUAAUGUGGUGACAUACAACACUAUAAUUAAAGCUUUAUUUGAAUCCAAAGCUCCAGCUUCUGAAGCUGCUUCAUGGUUUGAGAAGAUGAAAGUUAAUGGCAUUGUUCCCAGCUCAUUUACCUAUUCAAUUCUUAUUGAUGGUUUUUGCAAAACAAAUAGAGUUGAGAAAGCUCUGCUGCUUCUUGAGGAGAUGGAUGAAAAGGGGUUUCCUCCUUGUCCAGCUGCCUAUUGCAGCCUGAUCAACAGUCUUGGAAAAGCAAAACGGUAUGAAGCUGCAAAUGAGUUAUUUCAAGAAUUGAAAGAGAACUGCGGGCGUUCAAGUGCUAGGGUAUAUGCUGUGAUGAUUAAACAUUUUGGGAAAUGCGGGCGUCUUGAUGAAGCUUUGGAUCUUUUUAAUGAGAUGAAGAAACUCGGAUGCACUCCAGAUGUGUAUGCUUAUAAUGCGCUCAUGUCAGGAAUGGUGAGGGCUGGCAUGAUAGAUGAAGCACAUUCCUUGCUUAAAGUAAUGGAAGAAAAUGGUUGCAUUCCAGACCUAAACUCACAAAAUAUCAUUUUAAAUGGCUUGGCCAGGACAGGUGGACCAAAUCGGGCUUUGGAAAUGUUUUCCAAGAUGAAGCGUUCUAAGAUUCAACCAGAUGCAGUUUCUUAUAACACUGUUCUUGGUUGUCUCAGCCGAGCUGGUAUGCUUGAGGAGGCUGCAAAGCUGAUGAAAGAGAUGGAUUCAAAAGGUUUUCAUUAUGAUCUCAUCACUUACUCAUCAAUACUUGAGGCGGUUGGCAAGGUUGAUAAUGUUCGCAAGACUUCCUCAGAGGGAUAUGGUUAUACGCCCUAUUGAGCGCCAGCGGCACAGCCAUAUAAUCCUACAAAUUUCAAGUAUCUUCCAGUUGGAAUUUGCUGGAAGAAAAGAAAAAGAAAAACACUAAUAACCACUUAUCAUUAUAAAGAGAGUGGAUUGUAGAAAACCCAAUUCAAAUGUUACCUUUGUAAAUACGAUUUGAAUGAGGGUAGCUCUUCGGCUACACAAUCCGCACUGCCUCAUGUAUUGUAACUUAAGCAGGAGAUGGACAAAUUUAGUGCUGAAAUGCAGUAGCUGUUAAUUGUAGUAAUAUGAAAGAAUGUUAUGAACUCAUGUUCAUUCACCGCCUAUAUUUGUAAGGCAUAAUUGAUCCUGAUGCGUUUCAUUGUACCCAAUUGGAAAUUUGAUUAUCAGUGACUUAUAACCAUA